UGCUCUCCGGGGGCCGGGCCGCUGCCCCGCUUUGUGUGGGCGGCCGCGGCCGGAGGAGCGGCGGGCCCGGCCCGCACCGCCCCGCUCCGCCGAGCCCCGUCCCGGCCCGUGACAGCCGCCCCCGCCUCGUCCCCGCCGCACAAUGACCCCGCGUGGUUCCUCUCCCACUCUCCAGCUCCGGCCUCUUUCUCCUGCUGAGAUUGUUUUUGUUUUUAACUUCCCUUCCUCCCACCCCACCCCCGCGGUGCCCCCCGAACCCCGAGUGCCCCGAUCCCGUGCUGAGCUCCUGCGCACCCGGGGCUCUGUUUGGUGCCUCUGUUGUCCCGCUCGUUCCCCCCCCCGCGGUCUCUGCUCGGGAUUCCCCCCCAGGCGGGCCCAGAGGGGUGAGAGCCCCCGCUGGAGGCGGGGGGAGGUCGGUGGGAGGCCCCUUCCCCUCCCCCGACCGACACCGCCUGAAACUCCCUCUGGUUGCCCCUCUCCAGGCUUCGGCCAGGGGCUUCCCGCGGGCAGCUCCACCAUGUCGGACAGUGACCCGGGGGACGAGGACGGCGCCACAUCCCCUGACCCCUCGCAGAGCAAGAGGAAGAGAAGGGGCAACCUCCCGAAGGAGUCGGUGAAGAUCCUGCGGGACUGGCUGUACGAGCACCGCUUCAACGCCUACCCCUCUGAGCAGGAGAAGCUCAGCCUCUCGGGGCAGACCAGCCUGUCCGUGCUGCAGAUCUGCAACUGGUUCAUCAACGCGCGGCGGCGGCUGCUCCCCGACAUGCUGCGCAAGGACGGCAAGGACCCCAACCAGUUCACCAUCUCCCGCCGCGGCGGCAAGGCCGGCGAGGGGGCCGCGCCGCGGGCCGCCGGCUCCGGGCUGCUGGUGGUGCCGCCCGCGGGCGCCUCCAAGGUGCUGUCCAUGUCGGUGUGCCCGCAGGUACUGUGCCACCCGGCGCGGGCGCUGGCCGUGGUGAGCGCCCGCAGCCCCGAGUGGGAGAAGGCGGCCGGGCCCGAGGCGGUGGCCGGGCCCGAGGCGGUGGCCGGGCCCGAGGCCGUGGCCAGGCCCGAGGCCGUGGCCCGGCCCGGCAGCACCCUGACGCUGCUGGCGCGGGCCGAGGCGGGCAGCCCCACACCCGGACUCUUCAACACGCCGCCCCCCACGCCCCCCGAGCUCUUCGGGGACGACUUCAGCAGCUUCCAGCUGCUGGUGGAGGUGGCCCUGCAGAAGGCGGCCGAGCUGGAGCGGCAGCGGCAGGGGGGGCAGCUGCCGCUGGCUCCGCACCCCGAGCCCCCCGCAGCCUCCGAAUAGCGCCGGGCCGGGCAGGGCGCCCUUGGCGGGGCCCGGCCCUCCGGCCUCGCCGCAGCCCCACAGCCCAGCCCGGCCGCGGCUCCUGCUCCGGGGCGCCGGUGUCUCGGCAGCCGCGGCGGCGGAGGAAGGCUGUCGCACCGCGAUCCUGCCGCUGGGAGAUGCCCUGGCUGCCGAGCAGCUGCCCCGGCCCUGCCCUACCCGGAGCGGCCUGCAGCUCCCCUGCAAACCUGCUGAUCCCUUCCUCCUGCAGGCGAGGGUCCAGCCAGCUCCGUUCCUCAGGGAGACAAAGAGAACCUGUUUUUUUAAUGCCAGUGUCUGUUUUAAGGACUGUGGAUGAAGAGCUUUGUCUCCCAAAUUGCUGAUCUUUCUCCCCUCCCACCUUUCCCCCCCGGCUCCCCUUUUGUUUUUGGGGGGCUUUUCUGUUUCCCGGUGCUGGCCAGGGGCCCUGCCUUGCCCAGGGAAGGGCAAAGGAGAGAUGAACUGGAAACAUGGAGUCUGUGGCAUUUUAUCGUGAAAAAAAUAGGACCCUCCUCUUCCUUUAUAGGUUGUUCUGGAUGCUGCCAGUAGAAAUCUCUAUGGUGCUGUUUAGCAAUAUUUUUUUUUGAAACAUUUUCCCUUUAAUUAUGAUUUAUUACAUGAUUAUUACUUUUUUUUUUUUUUUUUUUUAAUCUAUAAGCAUUUCCACACCUUCCCCAUGUUCCUGUCGUGUUCACGCUGUGCUGAGAGCAGUGAGCACGUGGCCAAGCUUGGGCAGAGCUGAGACUGUGAAUUUUGUACCCAACUUCAUUCCCUUUUUUAUUAUUAUUUUUUUUUUUUUCCAUAAAACCUCUGGAAAGAGAGCACGGCCAUGUGCGUCCUGCAAGUGCAGCGCUGGGCGGGCGGAGGAUGGAGAUGUCCCUCGCUGUCCCCUCCCCUCGCACGGUGGCUGUGCGCUGCUGGGGACCUCUAGUGACAAACUGGCGUGUGCUGGGAGCGGCCGGGCUGCCGAGUUUGGGGCUCUGGGGCAGAUUUGGGGCUCUGGGGCAGCUCCUGGCUGGGUGUCACUCGCUGUCCCUGGGGGCUGUGCCGGGUCGGGUGCCCUGUGGGGUGUGAGGUAAUGACUGCCCCAAGGGCCACUAAUCCCGCAGGUUAUUAGCCAGAUGAGCUGAUGACUAGAGGGGGUAAAGCUGCAGGAGUGGGAGCUCUGCGGGGCUGGGGGUGAGCACUGGAGGGGACGGCUGGAAGGGAAAAGCAGUGAUUUGGGGGAAUGGUGUGUUCCCACCCCCCAUUUCUCCAGUGAGAAGGUGCCAGGGGAGGGGGUGCUUGGGAAGGACCCCAAUAGCGUCACCGUGGCAGGUGCCCUGUGCAGUGCUGGUGGCACUGGGCAGUGGGUGCCCGUCGUGUGCAUCUCACCCCUGCCUCCUUUCCGUGUCCAGCCUUCCUUCGCCCUUUGUCUCGUUUCCAGGAAAAGUCCUCAUUUGUGGGACUCUCACUUGUCACUCCCCUGCAACUCUGUCCCUUCCCUUGGGGGAGGGAGGGGCUCUUUGGCCUCCUGCUCGUCAUGACCCUGUCAAACCGAAGUGGUUUUCUUCCCCCAGAGCUGUGCCUGUGUCAGGGGCUGGUGCUGCUGCCCUGGGAUGGACCAGAGAGUUGGGAGGGCAGAAGUUAUUGGAAUUAAAUUUAUGGUGAAAUAACAAACUACUGUAAAUACCUUUUUGUUUGUUUUUCUAUUGUCAAAUAAAAGUUUUUUUUAGUUUUGGUUGUUAUUUUUAAAUAUGAGCUGUGUGUCAGAGUGCACUGUGUCAUUUGUGGGUGCCUUACUUGGUUCUCCAGCAUCAGGAGAAACCCCUGGGCCACCCUUGAAUAGCAUCUGGGUGUUCCCCACUCCCCAUGAGCUGCUGGGGCUUUGUGCUUGGGGUGAGAGAUGUGGGAUGGGGCACAUUCCAGUGGGAGUGGGGGCUGGAGGCAGGGCAGGGUGCAGUGUGCCAGGGGUCACAGCUCUGGGGUUCCCAAGCUCUACACAGGAGCCCAACAGCUCCCGGGGCUGAGGGACAGCGUGGGGGCACAGGGGUCACCCAGGGCUGCUCUGGCCUCCCCACAUCUCCCUCCAUCGCCUCUCAGGCCGUCAGCUGGGGAUGCUGGUUCUGGAAGGGAUCCUCCAGUGGCACCCCAGCCCUGCAGCCCCCCAUGGCCCGGGCUCUGACAGCCGCGUUAAUGUGACACUCUUGUGCUUCCCAGGGUGGAUAAAGUCCAUCUAGGCACAGCCCCCUGCCGCGGGCGGGGACACCUUCCACUUCCCCAGGCUGCUCCCACACCUGUCCCGCCUGGCCCUGGACUCUGCCAGGGCUGGGGCAGCCAGAGCCCCCCCACCGUCACAGGAAGGAAUUUAUUCCCAAUAUCCCACCUACCCUUGACCUCUGCUAAUACGAAUCUGUUCCCGUCCCUUGUCCCCAGUCCCUCUCCAGCUCUCCUGGAGCCCCGUUGGGCGCAGGAAGGGGCUCUGAGGUCUCCCCGGAGCGUUCUCUUCUCCAGGUUGAACACUCCCAGCCUUUCACAGUUCUCACUGCCCCGCCAAGCCUGCCCCAAACUCCCCACGAGUGGGUGAGGCUCCGGGAGCCCUCCCUGGCAGCCGCCCCGCGCCCGAAGCAGCGCAGGGAGCCGGGAGCGCGUCCUGGGAUGGGCGCUGCCCCUCCGUGUGGGGACCGGGCCGCGGCCGGGCCGGGCCGGGGAGUCCCGGGGGAUCCCGGGAACAGGCACUGCGCGGAAAGAGCCGGGAGAGCGCGGGGCUGCAGCGCCCGGCCGAGACGGGGACGGGGACACAGACAGGAACACGGACACGGACACGGACACGGACCUGGAACCCGGACACUGACGCGGGCGCUGGGCACAGAG